AUGGGUAGUCUUGCUUGUCUUCAUAUUGGGGAGAGACCUUUGGCUAGAGAGAUUCAGAGUUUAGCAAAUUCCUUGGCUAGAUUUGAUAUUUCUGAACCUGGAAGGGUUCUUGCUUGUGUGGAGGUGCGUUCCUCUUUAUUGGAGCAGAUUCGAGCUCUGCAGUUUGAUGAUCCAAAGUUGUGCAAGAUUCGUGAUAAAGUGUUGAAGGGAAAGGCUAGUGAGUCAAGGCUUGAUGAAGAAGGGAUUUUGAGGAUCAAAGGACGAGUGUGUGUGCCUCAAACUGGAGAUUUGACUACUUUGAUUAUGGAAGAGGCCCACAGCUUGAGCAUGAAGCAUGAUAUUGUUAAGUUUGUGUCUAAGUGUUUGAAUUGUCAACAAGUGAAGUAUGGGCAUCAAAAGCCUGGUGGGAAUUCUCAAAGGAUGCCCAUUCCUGAGUGCAAAUGGGACAUGAUUGCCAUGGACUUUUUGAUGACUUAUACUUCUGAGAAGCUGGCUAAGAUCUACAUUCAUGAGGUUCUUCGUUUGCAUGGAGUGCCUGUUUCCAUUAUUUCUGAUAGAGGGACUCAGGUCACCUCUUACUUCUGGAAGAAUUUGCAAAUGGAGUUGGCUGAGUUUGCUUACAAUAACAAUUAUCAUUCGAGUACUGAGAUGGCUCCAUUUGAGGCCUUGUAUGGUAGCAGAUAUCAAUCUUCCAUUAGAUUGUUUGAUUCUUUUGAGAGAGUUAGGGAUGUUGCUUAUGAGUUGGCGCUACCUCCUGGUUUGUCGAGUUUUCAUCCGGUGUUCCAUGUUUCAAUGUUCAAAAAAUGGGAUUUGGUGAUGCUUGAUCAGAAUUUAUCCUAUGAGGAGGAGCCGAUUGCUAUUUUGGACCGUCAGAUUUGCAAGUUUAGAUCCAAAGAAAUUGCUUCAGUGAAGGUUCAAUAA